AUGACGAAGCACCACGAACGGAGUAACCUCAUCAGCGACCGUAUCAUUCGGUUGUGUGCAUCGAAUGAGAGCGUUUCGUCACUUCUCGCUCGUGAUCCGAAUCUUGCUCCUGGCGAUGCAUGGGAUAGGCUCUAUGGUGAACGGGCGCUGAAAGUGGCUGACAAGGACGCUCAAAAAAAUCUGGAUGACUACUUGAACGGCAGUAAAGUUACGGAACCAGAGUCGUUCGGCGAAGAUGAGCUAGAAAAAGCAGCGCGGUGUGGAAAAUGGGGUCCGACGCGGCCGAGCGCGCUGUUCCUGAAGAUAUACCAUGACGCCUUAUGCGCUCUAGAGGAGGACCCUCUUCGGGCCAUGGUCAGUCCUUCUCUGAUGGCGAGUUAUGGGACGGUACCGCUCACCAUCAUCUCUGUGAUGCCCGACAUUGUUCGCCACAUGUCCAACGUCAUCGUUCGCGCCGAGCGAGAGGUUUUCCUGGCGACGAAUUACUGGCAAAAUAGCGUCGCUUCCAAGUACAUCACCAAUGGCAUCAGGGAGCUGGACCGUCGAGCCGGAGCGAGGGGCGUGAGGAUCGUAUUGAAGAUCCUCUACGACCGAGGGAGCCCGAGGCAACUCUACGAGCCACACUACCUUGUCUCAGAAAAGGAGUUUACCGGAGACAAGGUCAACCUGCCUCACCCCAGCGAGAUCCCGAAUAUCGACAUGGAGGUCAUGAACUUUCAUACGCCGCUAAUGGGAACUUUCCAUGCCAAGUACAUGGUGGUAGACCGGAAGAUUGCCGUCUUACAGAGCAACAACAUCCAGGACAACGACAACCUGGAGAUGCUUAUUCACUUGGAAGGUCCCAUUGUCGACUCGUUGUACGAUAUGGCUCUGAUUUCCUGGCACAAGCGGAUGAACCCGCCCUUGCCAAGUUAUGACUAUCCGGCUGCCCGGAAAAAACAUAAAGCACCUGACGGCGCAAGUAACGGCGCCGUCAACGCAUCGGACCCAGGUGAAGCUGCAGCGGAGAAAGACCAGCGCUACGCCACCAGAGUCUCGACACAGACAGCGAAUGGAGUAGAUGCAAGGGGCCUGCCAUCCGAUCCGUCCACCCACGGUUAUUGCGAGACAUCUGUGCCGUUUCCUCCAGAACAUACAGCCGACGACCCUCACUACGACGACGAUAUUGCCGGCGAAGUUUCCCGUUCUCGAGUAUCCCUCGCUCCCAAAUCGGGCGAGACGCACUUGCAAGCCGUGACCCGAUUGCUCAACCAUACAGUCAACGAAGGCCUUCCCGGCGACUUGAACGCGCCAGAAUGCCCUCCGGGCGAGCUAAUGACCCCGCACAUCCCUCAUCAGUCCCGCACUCCCUAUCCCAUGGCGCUGGUCAACCGUGCCCCCUACGGCCCACCCACGCACAGCUCCGUCUCGACCCCUCAAAACGCCGCCUGGCUCUCCGCCCUCCAAAACGCCAAACACACCGUCUACAUCAUCUCCCCUACGCUCAACGCCAGCCCCCUAAUCCCCGCCAUCAUCGCCGCCUGCGAACGCGGCGUCAACGUGCACUGUUAUGUCUGCCUUAGCUACAACGACGCCGGCGAACUCCUCCCCCGCCAAGGCGGCCACAACGAAAAAGUCUCCUCCCAUCUCCACACCUCGCUAUCCCCGGCCGCCCGCGCCCGGCUGCACUACCACUGGUACGUGGCCAAGGACCAGACGCGGCCCAUAGCGCAGUCGCGCCGCCAGCGCAGCAGCCAUGUCAAGCUCAUGAUGGUGGAUGGCGCCGUGGCGAUCCAGGGCAACGGGAACCAGGACACGCAGAGCUGGUUCCACAGUCAAGAGGUCAAUGUCAUGAUCGAUAGCGAGGCGCUCUGUACUGAGUGGCUGGUGGCGCUGAAGAAAAAUCAGAAUACUGAACUGUUUGGGCGGGUUGGGGCGGAAGAUGGGGUGUGGAGGGAUGAGGAAGGUAGAGAAGUGGAGGGGGCGAUUGGGGUCGAGGCGGGAAGGGUUGGGGGUUUGUUUAAGGGGGUUAAGGCGGCUGUUGAGAGGGUUAGGGGAACUGGGGGGUUUUAA